AUGGAGGUAAGUUGUGCUGGUUUGUAUAGCUAGCUAGAUAGCUAAUGUUACGUUAUGUUUUGCCAAAAGCAACAGGUGCUACCUCUGGGUAGUAUUCAUUAGUGGACACCGCAGCAAAACAUUUAGCAAAGGAUAACAAACACAAGCCUUUCUUGUUGGAAAACUUCAGUCCGUUUUCGCUCGUCUGGUUGGUGCCUAGUGAAUAGUCAGUCACCUACUGUAUUGUGACUGACGGUCCGUGGCGUUGGAGGAGAUAGGGCUCUUCAGCACUGUACAGAAAGCUCCCAAUCCGAUUCAAACUCCAUUCACCAGCGGCAGCUCUGCAAGCGUUCGGCCAAUGUCAAAAUACGUUCGUUGAUCGCCAAAUAUAGAGCAACUAUAUUAAUUUAAGGCCGGUAUGUACUUCCAAAAAAAAGUUAUAAAUAAAACUUGGCAAACAAUGACUAUUCGGCACCUCCAAUGACAGUACAUACCGGCCGUAACGGGAGUAAAUGAAGAUAGAUGCUCAGCGAAACUCCAUAUUUGGCGAUCAACGACGAACGUCUUUUGACAUUAAAACGCUUUCAGAGCUGGUGAAUGAGCUUUCUGGGCGAGAGGUCUCUAACGCACAGAUAGAUACUGAUCGGGGAUUGCAGUAUGUUAACGUUAACGUUCCAGAACUGUCAAAGUAAUUUUUCUUCAUGUCACUGCAUUUCUAUAGUAGGCCUAUAGUAACUUGUGACAGUUAUCAAUCAAUAUAUCUUUAUUGUCACAAUCGGGAAAUGUGUAGUACAGUCAGGGCAAGAAACAAGAUCAACUGCAACAGAUACACAUACGAUGAAUAGAAAACAGAUCAGUUACAGUAGUUAUUGCAGGAGUGAAACCAUACAGAGCACAUAAAGUGUCCCUUUCAGUACCUUGCAAUUAGCUUACUCUCUCAGAUUUGACAAGUGCUUGAUUACAGUUUAUGUGUCCUUUCCCAGGAUAAAGGUCAGAAGCCAGAAGCAGAUGAGAACAGUUUUGAAUCACUGGAGAAGGAGUUCCAGGAGGUUCUCAAUGAGCUGGUGGGAGACAAGAGCCUGGACAAAUUCCGGGUUGAAUAUGAGAAACUGACCAAUGCCCUGAAGAAGUCCCAUGAGAGUGAGAAGAGGCUGAUGACAAAAUGCAGGGAGCUGAAUGCAGAGAUAGUGUCCAAUUCAGUAAAAGUUGCUACUGCACUGAAGUUGUCCCAGGAAGAUCAAACGACUAUAACUUCUCUGAAGAAGGUAGGCCCUUCAUGGUGAAAACAUGAGUAGCUGCAUAGAUGUUUAAUAAGCCUACAGCCUAAGGUUAGGGUGAAGGUUGUCAUUAGUGUUGGCAAUAAGCGCAUGUAGGGUAUUAUGCAGUACACAUAUUCACACUCUUCAUUUUGAGCAGAAUAGAGCAUUGUUUUAGAAUUGUGCCUUAUUUCAACAUGUCCCAGAUUUGUCAUAGUAAUAUGGCCAUACAAAAGUGUAUUGAACACUUUUUUUUCUUCUUUUAGGAAAUAGAAAAGGCUUGGAAAAUGGUUGAUGCAGCCCACGAUAAAGAGCUCAGAGCAAAAGAGACAAUUCAAACAUUGAAACAUGAAAUUUCAAAUCUAACAAAACUUGUUGAACAAGGAGCUGGUUUGUCUGUGGGUCAAGAACAUGGGUGAGUUGAGUUGUGCACACUCGCACUGUACAUUGUCCACUUCCUUUGAAUUGACCAAUUCACUAGAGAUUAUUGUCAUACCUGAAGACCUACAUACAGUGCUUAAUUUGAACAGGAUCCGGCACCUCUCAGUUUUGGACUGCUGCGUUCUGGCACAUAUUUUCCUGGAUCCGGUACCUCGUGGCAUGACAUAUAAUUUCCUCUGUUUGCAUAAAAAAUAUAUAUAUAUCCUAGUUAGGCUAUAUCAAGUUGCCUCCUCGUUAAUUCUCCUGCCCCCUAAAAAACGUUAUGUAAAAAUGUAGAUUUUCAGCCUGCACUUGAUAUUCUGAGAAUUUAUUCGGGUUGGGCUGGGUCCGGGUUUAAGUUUGCGCCACAUUGUAGCCUAUAUUUUGAGACCAACCCUUGGCCAUUGCUGUGGUGAGAGAGAGAAGCAUGCGCCUGUAGCCUAUCUCUCACAGAACCACAAUGAGAUUAUACUUCUCUCUCAAUCUCUCUCUGCUCUGAUAGACAUGAGCCUGCAACUCUCUCUCCAUCUCUCCAGCAUUGCACUUCAUCAUCAAAAUAUAAAAUAGGCAGUAAUGUAACUAUUCCAAUUCAAAUACAAAUUCACUAUAAUGAAUCUGUAGGCGAACUACACUGUUUUACAAAGUAUCUUAAGAGAUAAUGGCACGAGCGCAUCGGCCAUUACUGGUGAGUGCACAUUCACUAGCCUAUCUUCGUUUUUAUUGAUCUCAGUUUGUCAAUGUCAGAGUACCCUGUCAUAAGUCGCUCUGGAUAAGAGUGUCUGCUAAAUGACUAAAAUGUAAAUGUAAAUAUCGGUAAUUUGUGUGGUAUAAAAAAAAAAGAUGUAGAAUUGCAUGAAAUGCGUUUAUAAAAGGACAUUUUUGUGUGCAAGUCCUAGAAACGCUUCUGCUCUAGGCUACUCUAUGCCACUAUGCAAAUGCUUGAUUUAUUAAAAAGGUGAACCCCCCCCAUUCAUUUCAGUACUUCUGAGCCCCCCAGAUCACCCCCUCUCAUGCUCACUUUGAGUUUCGGCACGUCCCGAUUUAUAGGCUACAGAUCCGACUUUUACUGGACCUUUCUUCCCAAUGACUAAAGAUCCCGAAGCUCCUACGCAUGUGCAGGAAUGUCACGCCCUGGCUCUAGGGACUCUUUUAUGUUGAGCCAGGGUGUGUAGAGUCUAUGUUUUGUGUUCAUUGUUUCAGUAUCUAGUUCAUGUGUUUCUGUGUUGGCCGGGGUGGAGAAUCAGCUGUUGCUUGUUGUCUCUGAUUGGGAACCAUACUUAGGCAGCCGUUUGGCAGUUGUGUUUUGUGGGAUCUUGUUCCGUGUUGGUUUGUGUUUGUUACCAAGGACUUCACGUAUCGUUUUGUUGUUUUUGUUCGUGUGGUGAAUAUAAAUAAAGUAUGUUCGCAUUCCACGCUGCGCCUUGGUCCGCUCCUUUCAUCGAUCGUGACAAGGAAUCUCUAUUUACACACAGUCUCUUCUCUACUCGUAGAGAACAGGCUACUCAGGCGAAUGGUGCUCGUUUGAUAAAGUUAGAUCAAAACUGAAUCAAUAUCUACAAGAUCACAUAAUGAUAGUAUUCUACAUAACAUAACCAAAUAUAAUAGCAUAGUAUAAAGUUACUGUAAGUGAUUUUAGGAUGAUUGUGCGAAUGGUCGCAUUUCUCUCUUAUACGGCCACAGCUCAACUGCGCGCGCCACUAGGCAAAACAUGUGCUUUGAUUGAAACAAAACACAGGUUCUCUCACUGUACAAAAUUCGAAACAACCCUGUACAUAACUAAGAAGAUCUAAAUGCAUAUUCCCAUGAAACUGAUCGACAUCAAAUGGUUGGCAUGUAGAUGCUGCAUGGACGUUUCACCGGUAAAACUUGAAGAAUUAUCAUUAAUGAUUGGCAAUGAGAAAUGUGAAGGGAGGGUGACCACAAAAAUGUGUUCGUAAAGUAGAGGUAAAGAAACACAUGCGCAGAACAUGAUAUGGAUCUUUCCAGCGGGAUCCAGGGUGACGGGAAGGGGCGGAUACCUACGGAUCAGCAGCCUCAGCCUACAAAUUAAGCACUGCCUACAUCUCUAAAUAAAGAUAACAUUAGAGAAGUUUUAACUGAAAGCUCAUUUGUUUUUCAGUGUGAACGAUCUGCUGAAAAUCAAAGAGGAACUAACCAAGGAAAGAGAUGAACUGCUUACGGAAGUGGUGACUCUGCGAAAUAAUCUAACAAAGGCCACCGCCAGUCAACAAGAGAUGGAGGUUAAAAAAGAAAAGGCAAUGGAAACCAUAUCUCAGGUAAUGGAGACACUCAACAUCACCAUUUGCAUUUAUAGGUGUUUAUUGUUAAUCAACUUAAUGACAACAAAUUGAACAAGUAUAAACCAAAAAAAACGUGUUCUUGGUUGAACAGAGAACUCAAUAGGAUUUUUUUUAAAUGUAGCAUUACAUCUUAAACAUCACAUUUAAAAAAAAAUAUUGCGCAUUUGCUUUAACGUCACUUAACUGGCAGGUAGGGCAUUAGUUAUUAGGUAGGUAUUAUGGCCAUACACUUGGUAGUGAUCUGGAACCUGACUCUGUAAUUGUUGAUCAUUUCAGUCCUCAUUCCCAUUCAGUUGCAAAUACACCAGUACGCUUUAUUUGCUGGACAGUGUGUCCACAAGUCUUGGCACAUCCAGUUAUAAAUUGACUGGGGCCUUAGCAUAUAGUAAGUACACUCCAGUGCCCACUACCUCCUGGAAUACUUGCUACUAACGACAUCGUUUUGAUCCUGUAUCCUGUCCACCACAGCUCCAGCAAGACAUCCAAGUCCGUCAGAACGAGUGCUCGCGGGAGACACGGCGGAAGGAGAAGCUGGAGAAGGAAGUGAAGCAGCUACACACGGACCUGGACGCCAAGCAGUCGGACAUCAAAGUGCUGAACCUGCAGAGCCAGCGCAGCAAAGAGGAGCAGCAGAGGCUGGAGCAGCAGCUGCGGGAGCAGAAGGUGAGGCCGUGACCAGGGGGGAUGACGUUACACCCUCCCUGUCCACCGGUCCUCUCCCUUCCCGUUCAUCCUCCAAUCUUUUCACAGAUGAGCACCAACUUGAGAGACGGUGCCAGUCGUACACACAUGGAAUACAACUUUUACAUGUAUGCUGUAGGGGGUUUAGAUUUAAAGUGGGAUUUGAUUUGUGCCGUUUGUCCCAACGCAGAUUCUCAAUGAGCGGGCCACAAAGGAGCUGGAGCAACUGCAAGUGAGAAACACCAAACUCCAGCAGGAGAAUGAACAGAAUGCCCUGAGUAUGGAGCAGCUCUCCCUCGACACUCAACAAAGGGCAUCUGACCUAAAGGUAUGCGUGUGCAUGUGUGCGUGUGCGUGUGCGCGCGCGUGUGUGUGAGAAGCUCCACAGGUGACAGACAUCCAUAGAGAGCCCUCACAAAGUGCUGCCUACUGUUGAUCGAAACAUCAUGCCAGUAAAACCUUAUUUUAAUCAUGGGACCACAUGGUUGUUUUUUGGCUGUUUUUCGCAAACCAUUGCAUGUCAGCGCAUAUGGGCCCAUAUUCACAAAGUGUGGCAAAGUAGGAGUGCUUAUCUAGAAUCAGUGUUGCCUUUUCAAUCGUAAUCAAAUCAAAUCAAAUUUCUUGGACAGGGAGAGAGAGAAGGGAGGGAAAAAUGAAGAAACAAUCUUAUCCCAAACCACUGCAAACUUGUCUUUCCUCAAACAAAUCCUGUUGAGAAUGGAGUGGCCUCUUCCUGAACUGUUAUCAGAGAGACAACGAAAAUUGGACAGGAGCCCUAAUGCCAGCAACACAAUAAAUACCUAUUCUCUCUCGCUCUCCCUCCCUCUCUGACACCCCACCCCACUUUCUCUCGCUCUCCUUCCUCUUUCUCUUACUCCCUCCUUUUGUUCCCCCCUCCUCAGAUGAAGGAGGAGGAGGUGAAUCAGAUGCGUCAGGAGAUUGCCAAACUAACAAAGAUGAGAGAGGCCACUCAGCGGAAGUUCCGACAGACGGAGGAUCAGAAGUUGGAAGUGGAGCAGCAGAGGGACAUGCUGAAAAACCAGAUCGCUGGCCUGGAGAGAGGCAAGGAUACACACACCCGCACAUGCACACCCUAUCUUGCACUGACUCUAUGCACACUCACAAGACUAUAUACAGUGGGGAGAAUAAGUAUUUGAUACACUGCCGAUUUUGCAGGUUUUCCUACUUACAAAGCAUGUAGAGGUCUGUAAUUUCUAUCAUAGGUACACUUCAACUGUGAGAGACGGAAUCUAAAACAAAAAUCCAGAAAAUCACAUUGUAUGAUUUUUAAGUAAAUCAUUUGCAUUUUAUUGCAUGACAUAAGUAUUUGAUACAUCAGAAAAGCAGAACUUAAUAUUUGGUACAGAAACCUUUGUUUGCAAUUACAGAGAUCAUACGUUUCCUGUAGGUCUUGACCAGGUUUGCACACACUGCAGCAGGGAUUUUGGCCCACUCCUCCAUACAGAUCUUCUUCAGAUCCUUCAGGUUUCGGGGCUGUCGCUGGGCAAUACGGACUUUCAGCUCCCUCCAAAGAUUUUCUAUUGGGUUCAGGUCUGGAGACUGGCUAGGCCACUCCAGGACCUUGAGAUGCUUCUUACGGAGCCACUCCUUAGUUGCCCUGGCUGUGUGUUUCGGGUCGUUGUCAUGCUGGAAGACCCAGCCACGACCCAUCUUCAAUGCUCUUACUGAGGGAAGGAGGUUGUUGGCCAAGAUCUCGCGAUACAUGGCCCCAUCCAUCCUCCCCUCAAUACGGUGCAGUCGUCCUGUCCCCUUUGCAGAAAAGCAUCCCCAAAGAAUGAUGUUUCCACAUCCAUGCUUCACGGUUGGGAUGGUGUUCUUAGGGUUGUACUCAUCCUUCUUCUUCCUCCAAACACGGCGAGUGGAGUUUAGACCAAAAAGCUCUAUUUUUGUCUCAUCAGACCACAUGACCUUCUCCCAUUCCUCCUCUGGAUCAUCCAGAUGGUCAUUGGCAAACUUCAGACGGGCCUGGACAUGCGCUGGCUUGAGCAGGGGGACCUUGCGUGCGCUGCAGGAUUUUAAUCCAUGACGGCGUAGUGUGUUACUAAUGGUUUCCUUUGAGACUGUGGUCCCAGCUCUCUUCAGGUCAUUGACCAGGUCCUGCCGUGUAGUUCUGGGCUGAUCCCUCACCUUCCUCAUGAUCAUUGAUGCCCCACGAGGUGAGAUCUUGCAUGGAGCCCCAGACCGAGGGUGAUUGACCGUCAUCUUGAACUUCUUCCAUUUUCUAAUAAUUGCGCCAACAGUUGUUGCCUUCUCACCAAGCUGCUUGCCUAUUGUCCUGUAGCCCAUCCCAGCCUUGUGCAGGUCUACAAUUGUAUCCCUGAUGUCCUUACACAGCUCUCUGGUCUUGGCCAUUGUGGAGAGGUUGGAGUUUGUUUGAUUGAGUGUGUGGACAGGUGUCUUUUAUACAGGUAAUGAGUUCAAACAGGUGCAGUUAAUACAGGUAAUGAGUGGAGAACAGGAGGGCUUCUUAAAGAAAAACUAACAGGUCUGUGAGAGCCGGAAUUCUUACUGGUUGGUAGGUGAUCAAAUACUUAUGUCAUGCAAUAAAAUGCAAAUUAAUUACUUAAAAAUCAUACAAUGUGAUUUUCUGGAUUUUUAUAUUCCGUCUCUCACAGUUGAAAUGUACCUAUGAUAAAAAUGACAGACCUCUACAUGCUUUGUAGGUAGGAAAACCUGCAAAAUCGGCAGUGUAUCAAAUACUUGUUCUCCCCACUGUACACACACUCACUCACACACACACUAACUACACUGACACUCUCACACUAAACCCACACACAUUCACAUGCACUACAUGUGCACACACACACAUAACACAGGCACACGCACAUACAUAUACACACACGUACACACACUUUUACACUCAUCAUAUGCUGCUGCUACUCUGUUCUUUGUUUUAUUAUUAUAUAUCCUGAUGCCUAGUCACUUUACCCUGCCUUCAUGUACAUAUCUACCUCAAAUACCUCGUACCCCUGCACAUUGAUCUGAUGCUGGUACUUCCUGUAUAUAGCUCCAUUCUUGUGUAUUUUAUUCCUCUUGUGUUACUAUUUAUUUUAUUUUUUACUCUGCAUCUUUGGGAAGGGCUCGUAAGCAAGCAUUUCACGGUAAAGUCUACACCUGUUGUAUUUGGCACGUGACAAAUAAAAUUUGAUUUGAUUUCAACAUGCACACACACGCAUAACUAAACAGACACGAAUACACAUGCCCGCACAAAUGUACACUACCGUUCAAAAGUUUGGGGUCACUUAGAAAUGUCCUUGUUUUUGAAAGAAAAGCAUUUUUGUUGUCUAUUAAAAUAACAUCAAAUUGAUCAGAAAUACAGUGUAGACAUUGUUAAUGUUGUAAAUGGCUAUUGUAGCUGGAAACGGCUGAUUUUUUAUGGAAUAUCUACAUAGGCGUACAGAGGCCCAUUAUCAGAAACCAUCAGCCCUGUGUUCCAAUGGCACGUUGUGUUUGCUAAUCCAAGUUUAUCAUUUUAAAAGGCUAACUGAUCAUUAGAAAACCCUUUUGCAAUUAUGUUAGCACAGCUGAAAACUGUUGUGCUGAUUAAAGAAGCAAAUACCUAGGUGUCUGGUUAGACUGUAAACUAUCCUUCCAGACUCACAUUAAGCAUCUCCAAUCCAAAGUUAAAUCUAGAAUCGGCUUCCUAUUUCGCAACAAAGCCUCCUUCACUAAUGCUGCCAAACAUGCCCUCGUUAAACUGACUAUCCUACCGAUCCUUGACUUCGGCGAUGUAAUUUACAAAAUAGCCUCCAACACUCUACUCAGCAAAUUGGAUGUAGUCUAUCACAGUGCCAUCCGUUUUGUCACCAAAGCCCCAUAUACUACCCACCACUGUGACCUGUACACUCUUGUUGGCUGGUCCUCACUACAUAUUCGUCGCCAAACCCACUGGCUCCAGGUCAUCUAUAAAUCACUGCUAGGCAAAUCCCCGCCUUAUCUUAGCUCAUUGGUCACCAUAGCAACACCCACCCGUAGUAUGCACUCCAGCAGGUAUAUCUCAAUGGUCAUCCCCAAAGCCAACACUUCCUUUGGCCGCCAUUCCUUCCAGUUCUCUGCUGCCAAUGACUGGAACGAACUGCAAAAAUCUCUGAAGCUGGAGACUCUUAUCUCCCUCACUAACUUUAAGCAUCAGUUGUCAGAGCACCUUACCGAUCACUGCACCUGUACACGGCCCAUCUGAAAUUAGCCCACCCAACUACCUCAUCCCCAUAUUGUUAUUUAUUUUGCUCAUUUGCACCCCAGUAUCUCUAUUUGCACAUCAUCUCUUGCACAUCUAUCAUUCCAGUGUUAAUACUAAAUUGUAAUUAUUUUGCACUAUGGCCUAUUUAUUGCCUUACCUCCAUAACUUGCUACAUUUGCACACAAUGUAUAUACAUUUUCUGUUGUGUUUUUGACUUUAUGUUUUGUUUACCCCAUAUGUAACUCUGUGUUGUUGUUUUUUAUCGCACUGCUUUGCUUUAUCUUUGCCAGGUUGCAGUUGUAAAUGAGAACUUGUUCUCAACUGGUUUACCUGGUUAAAUAAAGGUGAAAUAAAAAAAAUGGCCUUCUUGAGACUAGUUGAGUAUCUGGAGCAUCAGUAAUUGUGGGUUCAAUUACAGAAUCAAAAUGGCCAGAAACAAAUAACUUUCUUCUGAAACUCGUCAGUCUAUUCUUGUUCUGAGAAAUGAAGGCUAUUCCAUGCGAGAAAUUGCCAAGAAACUGAAGUUGCAAAGAAAAAGUCUAGUGUCUGUGUUCUUUUUCCCAUCUUAAUAUUUUCUUUGCCACUCUGCCUAGGUCAGCAUCCCGGAGUCGCCUCUUCACUGUUGACGUUGAGACUGGUGUUUUGCGGGUACUAUUUAAUGAAGCUGCCAGUUGAGGACCUGUGAGGCGUCUGUUUCUCAAACUAGACCCUCUAAUGUAUUUGUCCUCUUGCUCAGUUGUGCACCAGGGCAUCCCACUCCUCUUUCUAUGCUGGUUAGAGCCAGUUUGCGCUGUUCUGUGAAGGGAGUAGUACACAGCGUUGUACGAGAUCUUCAGUUUGUUGGCAAGUUUUCGCAUGGAAUAGCCUUCAUUUCUCAGAACAAGAAUAGACUGACGAGUUUCAGAAGAAAGGGCUUUGUUUCUGGCCAUUUUGAUCCUGUAAUCAAACCCACAAUUGCUGAUGCUCCAGAUACUCAACUAGUCUCAAGAAGGCCAGUUUUAUUGCUUCUUUAACCAGCACAAAAGUUUUCAGCUGUGCUAACAUAAUUGCAAAAGGGUUUUCUAAUGAUCAGUUAGCCUUUUAAAAUGAUAAACUUGGAUUAGCAAAUACAACGUGCCAUUGGAACACAGGACUGAUGGUUGCUGAUAAUGGGCCUCUGUAUGCCUAUGUAGAUCUUCCAUAAAAAAUCAGCCGUUUCCAGCUACAAUAGCCAUUUACAACAUUAACAAUGUCUACACUGUAUUUCUGAUCAAUUUGAUGUUAUUUUAAUAGACAACAAAAAUGCUUUUCUUUCAAAAACAAGGACAUUUCUAAGUGACCCCAAACUUUUGAAUGGUAGUGUAUGCCGGGAGACACACAGAAAUAUCUUGGUUGACACUUAAACACUCCUCUGCUCUGUUCCACUCUUCACUGUCAAAAGCACUCUUUUUGACAGGAAGAUGCCAUUUUUCCUUAUCUUUUAGUAACUCAGAAAAUAUUAAAUGUAGUGGUUACAUUGUGGUGGGGUUUGUGUGCAAGGUACAUCAAUUGUGUAUACAGAAUGUCUAUCAUUCUCUCUCACUCAAAAACAACAUGAACAUGAACCCCACCACAUGAAUGUUGUGAACAGAAAUGGAGUCCUCCAAAAAGCAGAUGGAGAUUGACAAGAAAGGCAUUGACGAACUGGUGCGGGAAAGAGACAUCCUGAACAAGGUAUGUAUGUAGAGAAUAAUAUAAUUUAGCAGACACUUUUAUCUAAAGCAACUUGCAGAACUGUCAACAUUGACAGUGACACACAUCCAGUAUGUAUCCCAUGCAGAAAUCAAACCGACAACCCCGGCAUUGCCAGCACCUAAUGCUACAUGACAUUAUGUGUAUAGCCUAUGUUGUUUCGUUAUUUGCGGGUCUUGUUUUGUAUGAUUUGUUUCAUUAGACACCUCCUAAUGUGACUAAUGUGCACCAAACACACUCUCAUCUGCUCACAACCACAAUUGUGAAAGUGUGUGUUUGUGCAUGUACAUUUGUGUCUGUGUGUGUGUGUGUGUCUGUUUAUUGGUUUGUUUUGUGUGUGUUUGCAUGCACAUUUGUGUGUGUACAUUGUAGAACAUGAUCAAGGCAGCCAAUGCCACGGAGAAGCAGCUGAAUGUAGUGAAGCUCCAUGAGCAGUCCAAGAAGAACCUGGACCAGGAGAUCAUGAACUACCGCGACGAGGCCCAGAAGCAGCGCAAGAUCAUCUACCAGCUAGAGAAGGAGCGUGACCGCUAUAUCAACGAGGCCAGCGACCUCACACACAAGGCAGGUCAAGGUGCACUAAGAUAACUCAGGGAUGGGGGGAGAGACCAGGGUCCUCAUUUAUAAAUGCUGCGUAUGUACAAAAUAUAACAUUUCCCCUGCAAAACAAAACAUGCACCAGUUUUCACUGCAUUUAUAAAAACUGAACUUGCCUGGAGAAUGUGCUUACCUCCACGCAAAGUUCAGACCAUGCAAACGCACUACUUCUUGUUACUUCUAGUAAUUAUUGCAUUGCAAGCAGGCAAGUAAGUACUUUAUGCAAAUGAGGAAUGGUUAGGAUGACACGCUAUUCAUAAAACAGCAACAACAGGAAAACAUAAUGACAAAACAAAUGCAGCUAUUUGUCGUUAGGAAGAAGAGCGAACAUCUAUUUAUUUUAUCCUUGCAAUCUAAAAUUAUAAAUAGGAAUUAUUUAACCUUUAUUUAGGCAGGGGAGACAAAACCAAGCAAUUAAAAGCAGUUUUUCUUAAAUCUGUGGUGACAAAAGGAGUUUCAAGAUUUAGCCUUCCCUGUGAACGGGUAUGGUAUCUCGUACUUCUAUAGGUUAGUAACGACAAAGACAGUACAGUAUGAAGAUAGGCAGAAACUGUUUCUCCAAUAGAAAUCCCAGAUCACACUUGUAGGCGAUGUCAUGGCGACGUUGGCUAGUUAAGCUCAUGCGUAUAAACACGUUAUCGGGUCGAACUGCGCAUGUGCAGUCCAUCAAAUCAAAGGUACUCCUUCAAUAUAAACUUGUUUUUGACGAAAAUGAAAAUGUGUCAGUUUGUCACGUUCACGAGGUUGAAGUAGUAACAUGUUCGUACUACUCUACGUCUGAAUCAUAAAAUAUAAUCUCAUUCUAGUUCUGUGGUUUGAAUACUGUAAUAAAAAAAUUCUCGAGUAGACACUGUUUCAGAAUUAAGGACAGUGCAGCAUAUUUAGGUUGCGGGAAAAAGUCCAUGCAAAACAUUGUUGAAUUAAAAUGUUCUGCUAACAGGUCCACAACAAUUUGUCAUGGUUUAUUUAUUUCAGAAACUGUCACAGUCCUUUGCCCAAUACAGCAAAUGUCACAGCAGAAGAUUAAAACAUUGUGGCAACAUCUCCAAAACAUUUGAUAAAAUGUGCCAUUGCUUUUGUUUGGUGAAACUGUAAUGGCUUAAUUUCAAUAUACUUAUUAUGUGGUCCUCUGUAGCUCAGCUGGUAGAGCACGGCGCUUGUAACGCCAAGGUAGUGGGUUCGAUCCCCGGGACCACCCAUACACAAAAAAAAUGUAUGCAUGCAUGACUGUAAGUCGCUUUGGAUAAAAGCGUCUGCUAAAUGGCAUAUUAUUAUUAUUAUACAGCAAAUAGGGUUGUUAUUUAUCACCAUAAAAGGUGAAUGAAGGGCGUUUUCCAGGCGAAUAAAUAAUGCUCAUUCACAUGCGCAUAGUUUCAGGACGGGGCUGAUUUAUAGUGAGAAACAUGUAUGUGUGGCAUAUGGCAAGUUUAUAAAUCUCAAUAUUUUUAUAAGUACACAUUCUUUUCAGAAAUGGGUUAAGCAGAUAUUUAGUGUGAAAUUUACACAACGCUUAUCAAUGAGGCCCCCAGAGUGCUGGCAGGUCUCCCCUGUCCAUGUAAUCUUAUUCAUUGUGAUCUAAAGGGCAUAGCUGAUCUUAAAUCCACGUUGGAUACAUUCAGCCCCAGGGAUUUAGGCUCAGUUACAUACUGUACCAGUAAUGUAGCACUAGCAUUAAUGUUGAUGAAGCAGAGAAAAUGGGAGGGAACUCCAUUUGAACAUUGCAGAUGAGAUAAUGUGAUAUGCGACAUGUGUUGCAACAGACAAAGCAUCUUUACAUAUGUUGAUGAGGUGGAGAAAAUGGUAAGGAACUUAAUUUGAACAUUGCAGUAUAUCAUUUAGGACUACAACAUGCCGGUAUUGUGUCUAGGUUGUGUUAUAUAAACAGCUAGCUAUCAGCUUCUGGUUACGCAAGCCCAAGUCUUCUAUUAAGUCCCAAACUAAACCCCCUCUUGGGAUGAUCCUCUGUUCCCUUGUUCCUUUUCUUCCACAGGUGCUCCAACACAUGGAGGACAUUAAAAUGAGGGAGAUGCAGAUCUUUGAGUACAAGAAGAAGAUUGCAGAGGCAGAGACCAAGCUCAAACAGCAGCAGAACCUCUACGAGGCUGUCCGAUCUGAUCGGAACCUCUACAGCAAGAACCUUAUCGAAGCUCAGGUUGGAUUUACAUAUGAUCAGUCAGUCAGUUGUGUAGGCAGGCGGGUGAUUGUCCGGUCUGUCGAUCGGUCAGUCUACUCGCUCGCUUGCUCACCCAUUCAGUCAUUCACUCACUCACUCACUCACUCUCCACCCUCUCUUUCAGGAUGAGAUCACAGAGAUGAAGAGGAAACUGAAGAUCAUGAACCAUCAGAUUGACCAGCUAAGGGAGGAGAUCAACGGCAAAGAGUCUGCCCUGGUCAAGGAGCACCUGGAGUUCCAGCGAGUGGAGAAAGAGAAGGAGGCUCUGAAGGUAAUUUACUAUGCCGUGCUCACUGUGAGUGGCUAAAGUGGCUACUGUGCAAAUGUACUUUUUAGUCUGGGAACCCAUUGGUGUAACUAGUCAUGAGAGAAAGGAUGGUUGUAAUUCAGCAUUUCGUUUUACUCAAAUAUUAACACCAACCUGCUUUAGCUUUUUCAAUCACAUCAGUGUGACACACUCCCCACCAGCAUGACACCCAUCCUGCCAAAUGGCACCUUAUUAUAGUGCACUACUUUUGACCAAGGCCCAAAGUCUGUUUUCUUUUUUUUUACCUGGCUGCCCUCAAAGGCUAGCCUCCCCUCAUUUACCUAAUUUUCAAAUGGCACAAUUAAAACCAGUUUGAUUUUAAGUGUAGGCCGUCUUUCCAUUCCUCCUAUAGGCCGAACUCCAGAAGAUGAAGCAGCAGGCUCAGGAGACAAAGCAGUUUAUCGACAAUCAGGAGGCCGAGGAGAGAAAGCUGCUCAAGAUCAUAGCCGACGCAGAUGCUGAGCGGCUCAGACAGAAGAAAGAAUUGGAUCAGGUAAGGGACAGAGAGAGGGGUGGAAAGGUGGCUCCCUGCUUUCACUGAAAACUCACUGCCCAUUCAAAGAGACACAUAGUACUGUCAUAGUGAUAAAAUAGUGCUUAAUAAAGGGGCAGGUCGUUCCCGUAGAGGCCUGGGAUGGACAGAGAUGUUGUCAUCAGCCAGCAGAUCUGUCAUGCCGUUGCGGUCUCACAUCACAUGGGUCAAAAACAUUGUGUUGAUGAGGCUGCAGAAUGCGACAGAGGUGCAGCUUUUCAUUUAUUUCUAAUGAGGUUUGUAUUUGAAUGGAUGAGACCAAGUAGAAAUGUAGAGCAUGCUAUGGUAUGUUGUCACCACCAUGAAUCUUUUUUCAAGACUUUCUAGGAAAUAGCAGUUCAUUUAGCAGGUCAUCUACCAGUAUCACAAGGGGCCAAUAUCACAUUUGUAUUUUAUUUAUUGUAUUUUUGUUGUUUGCUCUUUUGCCAUCACCGUCGUGUAGGUGAUCAGCGAGCGAGACAUCCUUGGCACUCAGCUGGUGCGACGAAACGACGAGCUGGCCCUCCUCUACGAGAAGAUCAAGAUCCAGCAGUCCAUGCUGAACAAGGGAGAGAUCCAGUACAACCAGAGGGUGGAGGACAUCCGCCUCCUCAAGAUGGAGAUCAAGAAACUCAGACGAGAGAAGGGCAUCCUGGCCAAGACUGUGGCUAACGUGGAAGACUUAAGGUGAGAUUGAGAGAGGAAGAGAGAGAGGGAGUAAGAGGGUGAGAAAGUGAGCCGGCGAGACAGAGAGGGAGGGAGACGCUGAUGUAGACAGAGAGAAGGGGGGACAUAGGGAAACAGAGAAAGAUCGAGACCCUGCCCUGAACGUCUAGCACCCAAAGUCAUACUGAAUUAAUGUAUAACCAAUUUAUCCCGUACUUUGGUUUUGCAGCUGGUGGCUACCAGUAUGAUUAAAGGAAAAUUCCACCCAAAAACUAUAUUUUAGUAUUUGUUUCAUUAGUCCAUUGUUGACAUAAUCCCAAAAUGUUUUGCUUAUCAGCAAUCAAGUUUUCAAGAUAUCUAACUUUCAAAAUACAGAAAUCAUCCACGUAUGAUGCAUUUUGAUGCAAAAUGCAGCAUAUGAUGAAACAAAUUCCAAAAUAUAGUUUUUGGUUGGAGUUUUCCUUUAACCGCUGUUAGGUUCUAAGAUUCUGGUAGAAAUUCCAGUUGGACUCUGAAGAAAGCUAGAUUUAUUAAACCACACUGGGUCAUACAGCUGCAAAGACAAGAUAUGACGAUACAAGCACAUAUAUUUAUAACCUCCUACUAGGCGGGGUCAACUCCUUACACAUCUUGACAGCCAAUACAUCUAUGUUGCUAGGCAGGAACUUAAUUGGUUCCUCUCAACUGGUGUAGUCAUGGCCCUGCUUGAUGCUAGAACCUUCGUAGGCAUGGAAGUGUAUGUUUGUGAGAUAGGACUGUAGUAGGAGGGUCGUUGGGGUGGGCCCCUCUGGCUCCCCUCCCAGAGGUUUCUUCUCACUUCUUCUGUUGACUUGACCUCGAGCGGAAUUCCUCGCUCCUCCCUAGUUCUGUAGCUGGCCUGCCUUAUCAAAGACUAACUGUUGCCCUUCUCCUCCCUCAGUAACUUUCCAUACACAUUCCUUAUUCACACUUCAUUGACACAGAACAUAAACAGUUAUCAUACAUGUAACAUAAUCAAUAAGUUCUUAUAUAGUGACAGGAAUAAGUAUAUUUUAAGUUAGUACCGAACACCGUUCAAAGAGAGCAGCGCACUGAAAUCAUAAUCAAUUUCUGUAAAUUAUGCACUAUUCUUAAUAACCUUUCAUUUUACAUUAUUUCAUUAUUUAAAUUGUUUUUGUGGUACAAAAGUGCACAGAUCUGUGCAGCAGGACUAUUUCUGCAUUGCUCAGUUUACAUUGCUGUCUCAUCCACUAUUGGCAUUAAUUUGCUUUAUUGUGAACCUGUUGAUAUCUGCAACCCACAAAAGGUUACCAUAGUGGCAUUUGCUGGACAUCUGCCAUGAACAAAACAUUGAAUUGAUACAGGCUUGCCAAUGUUUUUACAUCCUUAAUGAUUAACGAAAAUAGUGAAAUUGAAGUCUGUUUUCAAUCUAUGCCCCACUUGUAUUUGUUGUCAUUAAAUAUGUGAGGAGGAAAUACCAUGACAUUUGAUGGCAUUUUGUGGGUUUUGUGACAGACGUGAGGUUUACCACAUGCAGAGGGAGCUGCUCAAAGAGAGGACAAGGUGCAGAGCCUUGGAGGAGGAGCUGGAGAAUCCUAUGAAUGUACAUCGUUGGAGAAGGCUGGAGGUGUGUGUGUUACUGUGUGUGACUGUGUGUGUGUAUAUUUUGUGAGUGCAUGGGCUCAAAAACAUUUAGACCUGUUUCAGUACAUUUACUUUUACUGUAUACCUACUCUCUUAGGGACAUGAACUUCUUAAUGCUUCAGCCUAGCUCCUGUGAGACAUAGCCAGAGAACUUGUUUAGGGUUAUGCAUUAAUGCCUCUUAUUUGACUUUCCUCAGGCCAGCGAUCCAAGCACCUACGAGUUGAUCCAGAAGAUUCACUCUUUACAGAGGCGUCUGAUAACCAAGAGCGAGGAGGUGGUGGAGAAAGAGCUUUUAUUACAGGUAAACCCCAGAUAAAUCUGUCUCAUCCUAUUGGCUACCCAAACACCAGGUGCUCCCACAAGGAAUGGGUUGGGUCACAGCAGAAAUCAAUGGCAGCCUGGGAGAAUUUGUUCACUACUUCAUAACUUUCAGAAAUUAGCGUGGACUGCAUACACUGAGUAUACCAAACAUUAGGAACACCUUCCUAAUAUUGAGUUGCAACCCCCCGUUUUGCCCUCAGAACAGCCUCAAUUCGUCGGGGCAUGGACUCUACAAGGUGUCGAAAGCGUUCCACAGAGAUGCUGGGCAAUGUUGACUCCAAUGCUUCCCACAGUUGUGUCAAGUUGGCUGGAUGUCCUUUGGGUGGUGGACCAUUCUUGAUACACAUGGGAAACUGUUGAGCGUGAAAAACCCAGCAACGUUGCAGUUCUUGACACAAACCUGUGCGCCUGACACCCACUACCAUACCCCGUUCAAAGGCAUUUAAAUAUUUUGUCUUGCCCAUUCACCCUCUGAAUGGCACACAUACACAAUCCAUGUCUCAAUUGUCUCAAGGCUUAACAUCCUUUAAAACCUUUUCCAGCAGUCAAAUGACCUAGUGCCCUCAUGGGUGGAAUGUUAUUAAUAUUUUUCAUAAUUUCAUAAUUAAUAAACAUUCCGGUGUUUCUAUGUCAAACUAUUUCGCUAUAUUUCAGUCUUCUGUGACGUAUAUAAAGUGUAAUAUUGGGAUGCAAACUCAAAAUGUUAUACAUUUCAACUCUAUAUCUGACAUUUUUUUUGUAAGGCCAUAACCAUGUGUGUGAGGUGUAUACUUUUGUUUCAAAGUAUAUUUGUUUAAGACUACCAAGAAACACUCAGAUUUAGCCCACUGCAGUAAAAUAUUAACCUGUCUCCUCUCCUUCAUCUACACUGAUUGAAGUGGAUUUAACAAGUGACAUCAAUAAGGGAUCAUAGCUUUCAGCUGGAUUCACCUGGUCAGUCUAUGUCAUGGAAAGAGCAGGUGUUCUUCAUUUUUUAUAUACUCAGUGUUGAUACAGUAUGCAAAAAUGUACAGUCGGAAGUUUACAUACACUUAGGUUGGAGUCAUUAAAACUAGUUUUUCAACAACUCCACAAAUUCCUUGUUAACAAAGUAUAGUUUUGGCAAGUCGGUUAGGACAUCUACUUUGUGCAUGACACAAGUAAUUUUACCAACAAUUGUUUACAGACAGAUUAUUUCACUUAUAAUUCACUAUAUCACAAUUCCAGUGGGUCAGAAGUUUACAUACACUUAGUUGACUGUGCCUUUCAACAGCUUGGAAAAUUCCAGAAAAUGAUGUCAUGGCUUUAGAAGCUUCUGAUAGGCUAAUUGACAUAAUUUGAGUCAAUUGGAGGUGUACCUGUGGAUGUAUUUCAAGGCCUACCUUCAAACUCAGUGCCUCUUUGCUUGACAUCAUGGGAAAAUCUAAAGAUAUCAGCCAAGACCUCAGAAAAAAAAUGUAGACCUCCACAAGUCUGGUUCAUCCUUGGGAGCAAUUUCCAAAUGCCUGAAGGUACCACGUUCAUCUGUACACACAAUAGUACGCAAGUAUAAACACCAUGGGACCACGCAGCCGUCAUACCGCUCAGGAAGGAGACGUGUUCUGUCUCCUAGAGAUAAACGUACUUUGGUGCAAAAAGUGCAAAUCAAUCCCAGAACAACAGCAAAGGACCUUGUGAGGAUGCUGGAGGAAACAGGUACAAAAGUAUCUAUAUCCACAGUAAAACGAGUCCUAUAUCGACAUAACCUGAAAGGCCGCUCAGCAAGGAAGAAGCCACUGCUCCAAAACCGCCAUUAAAAAGCCAGACUACGGUUUGCAACUGCACAUGGGGACAAAGAUCGUACUUUUUGGAGAAAUGUCCUCUGGUUUGAUGAAACAAAAAUUGAACUAAUUGGCCAUAAUGACCAUCGUUAUGUUUGGAGGAAAAAGGGGGAUGCUUGCAAGCCGAAGAACACCAUCCCAACCGUGAAGCACGGGGGUGGCAGCAUCAUGCUGUGGGGGUGCUUUGCUGCAGGAGGGACUGGUGCACUUCACAAAAUAGAUGGCGUCAUGAGGAAGGAAAAUUAUGUGGAUAUAUUGAAGCAACAUCUCAAGACAUCAGUCAGGAAGAUAAAGCUUGGUCACAAAUUAGUCUUCCAAAUGGACAAUGACCCCAAGCAUGCUUCCAAAGUUGUGGCAAAAUGGCUUAAGGACAACAAAGUCAGGGUAUUGGAGUGGCCAUCACAAAGCCCUGACCUCAAACCUAUAGAAAAUGUGUGGGCAAAACUGAAAAAGCAUGUGUGAGCAAGGAGGCCUACAAACCUGACUCAGUUACACCAGCUCUGUCAGGAGGAAUGGUCCAAAAUUCACCCAACUUAUUUUGGGAAGCUUGUGGAAGGCUACCCGAAACGUUUGACCCAAGUUAAACAAUUUAAAGGCAAUGCUACCAAAUACUAAUUGAGUGUAUGUAAACUUUUGACCCACUGGGAAUGUGAUGAAAGAAAUAAAAGCUAAAAUAAAUCAUUCUCGCUACUAUUAUUCUGACAUUUCACAUUCUUAAAAUAAAGUGGUGAUCCUAACUGACCUAAGACUUUGAAUUUUUACUAGGAUUAAAUGUCAGGAAUUGUGAAAACCUGAGUUUAAAUGUAUUUGGCUAAGGUGUAUGUAAACCUCCGACUUCAACUGUAGAUAAUGGGUGGGUCGAGAGCUGGUAAGGAAGCGCCCAGUGGGAUGUGUGCACGUUUUUAAAGAGCCCAUCCCUGACUGAAUGUUUGGCUGCGUGGCGUCACCUGUCUCUUCCGCUUAAAUGCUCAGGAGAAGGAGAAACUGUACGUGGAGCUGAAGCAUAUUCUGGCCCGUCAGCCUGGACCGGAGGCAGCCGAGCAGCUUCAGAUCUACCAGCAGACACUGAGGCAGAAGACAAAACAGCUCAAGGUCCUCUGUGCCUUUCAUCUUAUUUUUGUACAUCCCUCUCUCUCUCCCGAUCUUUCUCAUUCUUUCUCUCUCUCCCUCCCUCUCUCCCUCAUUUCCACUUCCAAGCAGCUCUGACCACUGGCAGAGAAAUGGCCACUUCAGAUACAGCAGGACCAUGCACAGGCUUGCGAGCCAGGCUCACUGGCCCAGAGUAGCUUUUUCCCUGGCCAUGACAUUUUCAGCUUAGUCAUAUGCUGCUGCUUGAAGUUGAUUUAUAUUAGAUGUCCUUUUAAUCUUCCACAUCCAGGCUUUGUCAUCAGAGCUGAACAUGUACGAGUCCCAGGAACAGGAGUACAAGUACGAGAUUGAGAGACUGGCCCAUGAGCUGCAGAACAUCAAGAAGAAGUACCUCACUCAGAAACGCAAAGAACAGCAGUGCAGGUAAAGAUUACCCUGGUAUAGUACUUACCAACCACCGUAAUCACCCCUGAGCUCAUUCUGGGGUUUCUGAUCCAAACUGAUUUAACUCUACAAGUAGUGGCGAUUUAUCAAAUUAAUUUAAAUGUAUGUUUUUACGCGAUAUUCCAAAUGCCUGUAUCGCAAGAAUCAAGGUUUUGUUCUUUUCCGUUUUUUUAUGAGUGUUUAUAGUGCCUUCGGAAUGUAUUCAGACCCCUUGACUUUUUCCACAUUCUGUUACGUUACAACCUUAUUCUAAAAUGGAUUAAAUAGAUUUUUUUGCUCAUCAAUCUACAAACAAUACCCCAUAAUGACAAAGCAAAAACCGUUUUUUAGAAUUGUUUGCUAAUUUAUUAAAAAAUAUAUAUUUAUAUCACGUUUACAUAAGUAUUCAGACCCUUUACUCAGUACUUUGUUGAAGAACCUUUGGCAGCGAUUACAGCAUCAAGUCUUCUUUGGUAUGACGCUACAAGCUUGGCACACCUGUAUUUGGGGAGUUUCUCCCAUUCUUCUCUGCAUAUCCUUUCUGCAGAUGGUUGUCCUUCUGCAAGAUUCUCCCAUCUCCACAGAGGAGUUUUUGGUCACCUCCCUGACCAAGGCCCUUCUCCCCCGAUUGCUCAGUUUGGCAGGGCGGCCAGCUUUAGGAAGAAUGUUGGUGGUUCCAAAGUUCUUCCAUUUAAGAAUGAUGGAGGCCACUGUGUUCUUGUGGACCUUCAAUGCUGCAGACAUGUUUUGGUACCCUUCCCCAGAUCGGUGCCUCGACACAAAUCUGUCUUGGAGCUCUACGGACAAUUACUUAGACCUCACGCCUUGGUUUUUGCUCUGACAUACACUGUCAACUGUGGGACCUUAUAUAGACUGGUGUGUGCCUUUCCAAAUCAUGUCCAAUCAAUUCAAUUGACCAUAGGUGGACUCUAAUCAAGUUGUAGAAACAUCUCAAGGAUGAUCAAUGAAAACAGGAUGCACCUGAGCUCAAUUUCGAGUCAAAUAGCAAAGGGUCUUAAUACUUAUGUAAAUAAGGUUGUUUUUAAUUUUUUAAUACAUUUGCAAACAUUUCUAAAAACCUGUUUUCACUUUGUCAUUAUGGGGUAUUGUGUGUAGAUGGCAAAAAAAUUAUAAUAUUUAAUCAAUUUUAGAAUAAAGCUGUAACGUAACAAAAUGUGGAAAAAGUCAAGGGGUCUGAAUACUUUCCGAAGGCACUGUAUGUCCACUUGUUUUCAUGUUGUAUUUUUGGUCUCAUCUCCUUCGCUCCUCUGUGCUGUGUGCACCUUCCAAUUUACACCAGAGAUCUGUAUAUAAUGACAAGAUGCACAUCUCCGCCUUAACAAUGGGAGUCGUUGUCCCAAAGGCGGGAAGGCAGGCAACAAGCUUAGGUCAGAAAUAAGCCCAUAGAAACGCAUUGGCCUUAUUUUGGACAGAUUUUAGCGCUUCGCCUCUUCCUCUAUGGUUUACACACACACCAAGCCCCUCUCCCCCUGCCUCUCACGCCAACAAAGUUCAGAGAUCACAUCUUCUCUGACAAGUGGUUUUAACUCGCUAUUUGCAUUUGAGGUUUGGUCCAACAGAAUCGGUCAUAUGGACACCAAAACAUUAUUAUAGAGGAGAAGUUAACUUUUCUAACAAUACCCUUUUUAUGUCUCAACUACUUAAAUUGCACGCAGAGCAGACACUAGUAAAACGAGAGUAUCAAUGAACAUUGAUUCUGGAAAAUGAAUGCUCAGUUUGUCGCACGGGCAUUGGGGUACCGCUAGCAGCAUUUUAGCCCAAGACUGUUAUGCUAGCUAGUCUGUGUUUUAUAAAUGUGCAAUAAGCAUAAAACACAAUUAUAUAAGGAACUGGCAAGGAGACAGGCAGAAGGGUGUGUUCAUAACAAUUCAACUGUUCAACCUUGUUAGCUAGCAAAUAGAUCCAAGUUGGCGAAACAUGAAAUAUAAAGAUUAGCUGGCUAAUCACUAGCACGUGGGCUUGAGAGAUUGUUGAUGAGACCUAUGUUAACUUUCUAUAGACUAAUCCCUGCUACAAGAAGUUUGUAAUUAUUAGUGAAUGUGCAUUAUGCAUGGUUCUAGUAAACAUUUUAACAAAAAAGGGCAUUUUCAGAGACAGACUUGAAAACCAGAUCAGUGAUUAUUGCAAAGAAAAGUAGGUUCAACUAUUUUGAUAAAAUAAUUAAAUUAUGGUUGUGGAAGGCUUAUAUUUAGCCUAGUUAUAACUUCACAAGCCCUGAAUUCAAUAGAUUAUUGUUGAUUGUUUGAAAUGCAGUGUAUUUUACCUUUAAUUGUACAACAACGCUUAUUUAGAGAAAACAUUUUUAAAAUCGUCGAUAUAUAUUGUGAAUCGCCCAUAAGUUUGAAAAAAUCGAGAUAUGAUUUUUAGGCCGUAUGGCCCAGCCCUAUGUACAAGGGUUGCGAAAAUGCAGUGAGUGUGUGCGAAUGCGUGAUCCUAACUGAAGAUGACCUUCAAUGUGAAGUGGGUGAUCAGUGAUGGCUUCAGACAUACCAUAAAUUAUACCACAAAUCCAGUCGCCGUCAGUGUAUGAAAAAUGUAUGCACUCACUAACUGUAAGUCGCUCUGGAUAAGAGCGUCUGCUAAAUGACUAAAAUGUAAAAAAUGUAAAAUGAGAACCGAUCUACGACCACCAUGACUGUGGUGAAGCCGUCAGAAUGUGGAAGGUCGGUGACAAAGUCUUUGGACAGGUGUGACCAAGGUCGCUGAGGCACUGGGAGAGGAACUAGUUUGCCUGCUGGGGCGUGUCACGGUUUCGGCCGAGGCUGCCUCUCUUCCUUGCUCGGGCAGGCUUCGGCGGUCGUCGUCUCCGGAGUACUAGCUGCCACCGUUGAAUGUUUCUAUGUUCGUUUGGUUUUGUCUUGAUUAUGUACACCUGUUUUCGUUUAGCGCUAAUUAGUGUCCUUUAAGUUCUCUUUGUGUUUGUCAGGUGUUGUGUGUGAUUGUUUCGCUGUCGUGUUUGUGCGCUACUGUCUACCGUUUGCUCUUUGUAGCUUUCCUCCUCUGUUUAGGAGGGUAUGAUCGCACAUGUUUAGUGCGCCCUUUUGUUUACGCCUGUGUGCGGUUUUUCUCGCCUCCGGGCUUUUGGCUCGUGUAUUUGAGUGUGCUUUCACUAAAGUCUUUUGGACUUAUUUUCUGCGUCCUGCACCUGAUUCCUGCACCACACCCACCUGCAGCACCCUCUGACAGAAUCACACACCUGAAGGAUGGAAUCAGCAGGAGCCGCAGCAGCACAUGAGACUCUGGAGGAUCGGGUCCGUGAGCAGAAUGACCAGAUCCUUCGUAUCGGGACCGCCCUGCAGGACGUUAUUAACACCCUUCAACGCUGGGAGACCAGAGGGACACCCCCAACUCCACCUCCCCUGCCAUCACCAUCGGCCAGUCAGCCCAUUCAAGCUCCGGAACCCAGGGGAAUUCGACUCUCGCUCCCGAGGGCCUAUGAUGGGACCAGGUGUCAGGGCUUCCUUCUACAGGUGGAGCUUUACCUGGCCACCGUGCACCCGGCACUCUGGACACGAGAGCGUGUCUGCCCUCAUCUCCUGUCUUACCGGCAAGGCGUUGGAAUGGGCCAACGCCGAGUGGAGGAGAAUAGACGCCACCACCAUCACAUACUCUGAGUUCUCCCGCCGCUUCAGGGCGGUGUUUGACCAUCCACCUGAGGGGAAAGCGGCGGGGGAGCGUCUGUUCUACCUCCGGCAGGGGAGGAGGAGCGCCCAGGAGUUCGCUUUAGAAUUCCGUACUCUAGCGGCGGAUGCAGGGUGGAAUGAGCGGGCCCUCAUCGAUCACUACCGCUGUAGUCUACGAGAGGACGUCCGUCGGGAGCUGGCCUGCAGGGAUACCAGUCUCUCUUUCGAUCAGUUAGUGGACAUGUCCAUCAGGCUGGACACCCUGCUGGCUACCCGCGGACGUUCCGAGGGGGGUCCGUCCAUUUCACCCUCCAGCGCCUCCGAGCCGAGCCCUAUGGAGCUUGGGGGCGCUGGCGCUAGAGAGAGGAGGGGUCGGAGUACGAGGGGGCCCGUCUCCUGCACCAACUGUGGCCGUGGAGGACACACCACGGCUAGGUGCUGGGGAUGGUCUCCUAGGGGAGAAGACGACAGGCUCCGCACUGGGGAGUCCUUCCAGGUGAGUAGGCGCCCCACUUACCCAGAGCUCUCUGUUGCGCACUUCUGUAUACCUGUGCGUUUUCUACAGGUAGCACCUCAUUCCCAGCAUAAGGCGCUGGUAGAUUCAGGGAAUUUUGUUGAUAGAAAAUUUUGUUUAGAAUUAGGGAUUCCCCUUCUUCCUGUUGACGUCCCAUUCCCCGUUCAUGCCCUAGAUAGCCGUCCAUUGGGAUCGGGCUUGAUCAGGGAGGUCACGGCGCCACUUAGGAUGUGUGCGCAGGGGGGUCAUGAGGAGAUUAUCCAGCUAUUUCUAAUCGACUCGCCUGCGUAUCCGGUGGUGCUGGGCAUGCCCUGGUUGAGUAUCCAUAACCCGUCUAUUUCGUGGCAGGAGAGGGCUCUGAUGGAGUGGUCUGCCCAGUGUGUGGGUCGAUGUUUAGGCGUUUCCGUGGGGGCUACCUCGGUGGAGAGUCCAAACCAGGUGCCCGCAUUGCACAUUCCCCCUGAGUAUGAGGAUUUGGCUAUUGUGUUCAGUAAGUCGAGGGCGACGCAGUUGCCUCCCCAUAGGCAGGGAGAUUGUGCGAUAGACCUCCAGGCAGGAGCUGCGCUCCCACGGAGCCAUGUGUAUCCUCUGUCUCAGGAGGAGAAGAGAGCUAUGGAGACUUACAUAGACGAAUCUCUGAGACAAGGAUACAUACGGUCAUCCACUUCCCCUGCGUCCUCGAGUUUCUUUUUUGUGAAGAAAAGGGAUGGAGGGUUACGCCCCGUGCAUUGAUUACCGUAGUCUCAAUCAGAUCACGGUGAAGUACAGUUAUCCACUUCCUCUGAUUGCGACCAUGACGGAGUCAUUGCACGGGGCGCGUUUUUUCACUAAAUUAGAUCUCAGGAGCGCGUACAACUUGGUGCGCAUUAGGGAGGGCGAUGAAUGGAAGACAGCAUUUAGUACCACCUCGGGGCAUUACGAGUAUCUUGUCAUGCCAUACGGGUUGAUGAAUGCUCCUUCAGUUUUCCAAUCAUUUGUGGAUGAGAUAUUCAGGGACAUGCAGGGGCAGGGGGUGGUCGUGUACAUAGAUGACAUUCUCGUGUUCUCGUCUACCCGAGUCGAGCAUGUGGCUCUGGUGCGCCGAGUGUUGCGGAGGCUGUUGGAGCACGACCUGUAUGUCAAGGCAGAGAAGUGUCUGUUUUUCCAGGAGUCGAUCUCCUUUUUGGGUUAUCAGUUGUCUGCGUCAGGGGUGAAGAUGGAGGUUGACCGGGUGUCAGCCGUGCGUAAUUGGCAAACGCCAACCACUGUUAAAGAGGUGCAGCAGUUUUUGGGGUUUGCGAAUUACUACCGGAGGUUUAUCCGGGGUUUUGGACAGGUGGCAGCUUCCAUAACAUCUCUUUUUAAGGGGGGUCCGGUGCGUUUGCAGUGGUCAGCCGAGGCGGACAGGGCUUUUGGGAGGCUGAAGGACCUGUUUACUUCGGCUCCGGUGCUGGCGCAUCCGGAUCCCUCUUUACCAUUUCAGGUAGAGGUGGACGCGUCAGAGGCCGGUAUAGGAGCCGUGCUUUCGCAACAGUCCGGCACGCCACCUAAACUCCGCCCCUGUGCCUUUUAUUCCAAAAAGCUCAGUCCGGCGGAGCGAAAUUAUGACGUAGGGGACAGGGAGCUGUUAGCCGUGGUACAGGCCCUAAAGGUGUGGAGGCACUGGCUUGAGGGGGCUCAACACCCUUUCCUCAUUUUGACUGACCACCGUAACCUGGAGUACAUCCGGGCGGCUAGGAGACUGAACCCUCGCCAGGCGCGGUGGAACAUGUUUUUGACCCGGUUCGUAUUUAAGAUCACGUACAUCCCUGGGUCACAGAACGGUAAGGCAGACGCACUGUCUCGGCGGUAUGACACGGAGGAGAGGUCCGUGGAGCCCACUCCCAUACUGCCGGAGUCUUGUCUGGUGGCACCGGUAGUGUGGGAGGUCGAUGCUGAAAUCGAGCGGACGUUGCGCACCGACCCUAGUCCUCCUCAAUGCCCGGAGGGUCGGAAGUACGUUCCGCUCGAGGUUCGGGAUCGAUUGAUCUAUUGGGCUCACACGUCACCCUCCUCUGGACAUCCUGGUAUAGGCCGGACAGUGCACUGCCUUAGUGCUAAGUACUGGUGGCCCACGUUGGCGAGGGAUGUGAGGGUUUAUGUCUCCUCCUGCUCGGUGUGCGCCCAGUGUAAGGCGCCUAGACAUCUGCCUAGGGGUAAGUUACAACCCCUGCCCGUUCCACAACGACCAUGGUCUCACCUCUCGGUGGACUUCAUCACUGACCUUCCCUCCUCACAGGGGAAUACUACUAUACUGGUCGUUGUGGACCGGUUAUCUAAGGCCUGUCGUUUGCUCCCUAUGCUGGGCCUUCCUACUGCCCUACAGACCGCCAAAGCUCUAUUCACCCAUGUUUUCCGGCACUACGGAGUACCCGAGGAUAUUGUGUCUGAUCGAGGUCCCCAAUUCACCUCCAGAGUCUGGAGAGCCUUUAUGGAGCGUUUGGGGGUCUCGGUGAGCCUCACCUCGGGUUACCAUCCUGAGAGUAAUGGGCAGGUGGAACGUGUGAACCAGGAUGUGGGUAGGUUUCUUAGAUCAUACUGCCAGGACCGGCCGGAGGAGUGGGCACGGUACGUUCCCUGGGCAGAAAUGGCCCAGAAUUCCCUACGCCAUUCCUCAACUAACCUAACCCCUUUCCAAUGUGUGUUAGGUUACCAGCCGGUUCUGGCACCUUGGCAGCAGAGCCAGAUCGAGGCUCCUGCGGUGGAUGAGUGGGUACGGCGCUCGGAGGAGACGUGGAACGCUGCACACGUCAACCUGCAGCGGGCCCUCCGUCGUCAAAAGGCGAGCGCCGAUCUCCACCGCAGUGAGGGGCCGGUGUACGCACCUGGUGAUCGAGUCUGGCUCUCUACCAGAAACCUGCCCCUCCGCCUGCCCUGUCGGAAACUGGGUCGGCGGUUUGUGGGGCCGUUUAAAGUCCUGAGAAGAUUGAACGAGGUGUGUUACAGAUUACAACUGCCUAUUGAGUAUAAAAAUAUUAACCCCUCGUUCCAUGUGUCUCUUCUCAGGCCGGUGGUAGCUGGCCCACUCCAGGAAAAUGAGAUCAGGGAGACUCCUCCGCCCCCAUUGGACAUCGAGGGGGCACCGGCGUACUCCGUGCGGUCCAUCUUGGAUUUGAGACGUCGGAUGGGGGGUCUCCAAUAUCUGGUGGAGUGGGAGGGGUACGGCCCGGAGGAACGGUGCUGGGUGCCGAGGAGAGACAUUUUGGACCCGUCUCUCCUGACAGAAUUCCACCGUAGUCACCCGACGCACCCUGCUCCGCGUCCUCCUGGUCGUCCCCGAGGCCGGAGUCGGCGCACGUCUGGAGCCGGGCGUCAAGGGGGGGGUACUGUCACGGUUUCGGCCGAGGCUGCCUCUCUUCCUUGCUCGGGCAGGCUUCGGCGGUCGUCGUCUCCGGAGUACUAGCUGCCACCGUUGAAUGUUUCUAUGUUCGUUUGUUUUUGUCUUGAUUAUGUACACCUGUUUUCGUUUAGCGCUAAUUAGUGUCCUUUAAGUUCUCUUUGUGUUUGUCAGGUGUUGUGUGUGAUUGUUUCGCUGUCCUGUUUGUGCGCUACUGUCUACCGUUUGCUCUUUGUAGCUUUCCUCCUCUGUUUAGGAGAGUAUGAUCGCACAUGUUUAGUGCGCCCUUUUGUUUACGCCUGUGUGCGGUUUUUCUCGCUUCCGGGCUUUUGGCUCGUGUAUUUGAGUGUGCUUUCACUAAAGUCUUUUGGACUUAUUUUCUGCGUCCUGCGCCUGAUUCCUGCACCACACCCACCUGCAGCACCCUCUGACAGGGCGUUACGAGGUGUCUUCUUUGGGCACAUACGGAACAGGAGCUGACAUAGCGGGAGACAUCAGAAGCCAAGGUGGGCCACCAGUAUUUUUGGGCUAGAGAAUGCAGGGUGCGCGUAAUACCAGAGUGCCCUGCCGUAAGGGUGGUAUGCACCCAGAUCAGCAGGCGGUCACGGACACUGGGUCCUCCUGAGCCGCCAGGCAGAUGUCUUCAUCCACAUCCCAAACGACAGGUGCAACGAUGAGAGACGAGGGCAGGAUAGGACCCCCAGAUCCUUCCUUUCUCCGGUAUGGUGCAUCCUGGAGAGUGCGUCGGCCUUCACAUUCUGGGAUCCUGGGCGGUAGGACAGAAUGAAUUGGAAGCGAGUGAGAAAUUGGGCCCACCUGGCUUGACGAGAGUUCAUCCGUUUCGCUGCCCGUAUGUGCUCCAAAUUCCGGUGGUCAGUAAGAAUCCGGAAUGGAUGGACUGCGCCCUCCAGCCAGUGUCUCCAUUCCUCCAGAGCGAGGACCACCGCAAACAGCUCCCUGUCUCCAACUCCAUAGUUCCUCUCUGCGGGGGUAAGCUUUUUAGAGAAAAAGGCACAGGGAUACAUUUUCUCUAGGUUACCGUGCCGCUGGGAGAGGACCGCACCCACGCCCUCCUCCGAUGCGUCCACCUCCAGGAUGAAAGGACGAGAUGGAUCUGGGUGUUUUAGGAUGGGCGCUGUGGUGAACCUCUCCUUCAGCCUAUUGAAGGCAGCAUCAGCCUCAGGGUUCCAGGCCAGCUUCUGAGGCCCACCCUUAAGGAGAGAGGUGAGCGGGCGGCUAUGGAGCUGAGGACCUGAUGAAACGCCGGUAGAAAUUAGCGAAGCCCAGGAAGCUCUGAAGGCCCUUGAUGGUGGUGGGAACUGGCCAUGACCUGACGCCGUCUGUCUUCACUCCUUCCAUGAACACCCCCUGAGGACUGAUCCGGUAUCCCAGGAAGGAGAUGGCCUAUUGGUGGAAUUCGCAUUUCUUCCCCUUCACCAACAGGCUGUGUUCCCGGAGGCAGAGUAGGACAGCUCGGACGUCCCUGAAGUGCUCCUCGAACAUAGCCGAGUAGAUCAGGAUAUCGUCGAUGUACACCACCACCUGUCUACUCAGCAUGUCCCGAAACACGUAAUUGACGAAGGACUGGAACACAGAAGGUGCGUUGGCGAGGCCGUAGGGCAUGACGCAGUAUUCAUAGUGGCCUGAGGUAGUGCUGAAUGCCGUCUUCCACUCGUCUCCUUCCCAGAUUCGGAUCAGGUUGUAGGCACUCCUCAGGUCCAACUUGCUAAAGUACCGGGCCCCUCGUAGCUGCUCGAUGGCCGACGGAACCAGAGGGAGUGGGUACCGGUACUUGGUGGUGACUGCGUUCAGCCCCCUGUAGUCAAUGCAUGGUCUCAGUCCUCUGUAUUUUUUGGCCACGAAGAAGAAGCUGGUGGAGGCAGGAGAGGUAGAGCGUCUGAUGAACCCCUGUUUCAGGGUCUCUGCCACAUACUUCUCCAUGGCCUCAGUCUCCGCCAUGGAAAGGGGGUAAAUGUGACUCUUCGGGGGGUGUUGUCCCUCCAGCAGGUCAAUGGUGCAGUCCUAGGGCCUGUGAGGAGGGAGACACGUAGCCUUUAAUGAAGAGAAGACAUCAGAGAGAUCUGCAUACUCACGUGGAAUGUUGGGCUGGAGGGCAGACUCCGGACUCUCCACUGACGUGGAACAACAACCCACCGGCAGGCAGGUCUUCCGGCAUGAGGUGGACCAGGCUGUGAUCCUCUUGGUGCUCCAAUUGAUGGUGGGGUUGUGUAGUCUGAGCCAGGGCAAUCCCAAAAUGAUCCGGUGAAGGGGUGACGUGACAGUGUGGAAUGACAGCUCCUCGUGGUGCUCCGGUAGUGUGGGAAUGGUGAUGGGGAGAGUGAUGUGCGUAAUGGUGCCUGAGAAGGAAUAACCAGUCACCGUUAUGGGAACUAAAAACAAUGGUUUUGUGAUAGGAGCUGACAUAACACUCACGGAGCGGCGACGGGAGUCAUACCGCCUAGAUAGGGAUCCGCCAGGAGAUCUGUGGUCCGUGGUGGUGUAGGGGGUGCUGCCCACCUCCAUGGGUGAGGACUCGGAAGCAGGGCGGCUUCCAUAGCUCAGAUGGGGUGAGCGUCGAGGCUCCGGGAGGUGUUGGGAACGCCGUCUCUCUCUCAACAUGUCGUCAAGACGGAUGGACGUGGUGAUGAGGGUAUCAAGGUCCAUCUCGUCGUCCCGACAUGCGAGUUCCGUCUUGAUGUCCUCCCGUAAGCCUCUUGUGAAGGCCGUGCGCAGAGCACGCUCAUUUCAGCCAGAAGACGCCGCCACCGUGCGAAAGCUCAGAGUACUCGGACGCGGGCCCAUCUCUCUGUUGUAGAUGUCCUUUCCCUCCAUGGGAUGAUCAAACACCGCCCUGAACUGAGCGAGGAAGGUGGGGUAGGGAAGCGCCACUGCCUCCUCUCCUUCCCAGACUGCCGUGGCCCAAUCCAGCGCCUUUCCUUUAGGUAGCGAAAUCACCAGCGCUAUCCUGGCUUGGUCAGAUGGAUAUGCCCCAGGUUGACGCGCCAGAUAAAGUGAAACCUGCAGCAGGAAGCCGCUACAUUUAGUAGUUUUACCGUCAUAGCGCUCCGGUAGGGUGAGGGUUCCCGCAGAAGUGGGUGAUAGGACGGGAACAGGUGGAUUGGGGGCACUCGCCGCUCCCUGAGGUGGAACCGGAGUGCUGGGCAGAUUAUGAAGAGUUUGGAGCACUUCCUGCAUGGCGGCGUUCAACUGGGCAAUCUGCUGCUGGUGCUGGUCGAGGCACUGGGAAACUCCUGCUGCAUCCAUUUUCGUUUGGUGUGUGAUUCUGUGACGAGUACUGAGUAUACGAAGAGGCAGGACGCAGACGCAGGAAUUAACAAGGUCGGUGCAGGUGCGCUGGAGGUGAUUAGGGUUUCCAUUCCGGUGUUGCCGAGGUGGUGCGCUCAGACCGGUGGCUCAGUAGACUGGCGAAUCAGAGCGCCGGAGGGGAGCAACGGGAGGAGACGUGACAAUAUCAGCUGUAUGUGACCAGGCGAAAAAACCUUUCCAAGCCAAACCAUAUCAUUACCGCUACACACAGCCUACAUUGUUGUCACCAUAUUAGCUAAAGUAACAUCCUAGUCAACAUAACUAAUAAAACUAAUGCGUUAGUAAGCCCUCUACAAUCAUGCAGUAAUGUUACAGUAAGCAGUUUAGCAGUUACACCGGCAAGCCCCAGUGGUAGUAAAUUAAUAAAACCAAACGCUUACCUUGACUUGGAAGAGUUCCAGUGUUGUUUUGGAUAGUCAUAGCCAGCUAGCUAACAUAGCAUCCCUCUGUUUGAGCAGGGUGUUUGAGUAGGCUAAACUAGCUAGCUGCAUUUGCUAGCUAAGUAAGUGAAACUGAAAGUGAAAAAAAGACAAUCUCUCUCUCUUGCUUCUCCUUAAUUUUUGAAGAAAUUAAUUUGUUCAAAACUUUUCAAGUAUUGUCUUUCUCUCUCUUUGAGUCAACUACUUACCACAUGUUAUGCACUGCAGUGCUAGCUAGCUGUAGCUAAUGCUUUCAGUACUAGAUUCAUUCUCUGAUCCUUUGAUUGGGUGGACAACAUGUCAGUUCAUGCUGUAAGAGCUCUGAUAGGUUGGAGGACGUCCUCUGGAAGUUGUCAUAAUUACUGUGUAAGUCUAUUGAAGGGGGUGAGAACCAAGAGCCUCCUAGGUUUUGUAUUGAAGUCAAUGUACCAAGAGGAGGACGGAAGCUAACUGUCCUCCGGCUACAGCAUGGUGCUACCCUACAGAGUGCUGUUGAGGCUACUGUAGACCUUCAUUGCAAAACAGUGUGUUUUAAUCAAUUAUUUGGUGACGUUAAUAUAUUUAGUAUAGUUUUAUCUAAAAAGGAUAACUUUUUUAAUGUUUUACCAUUUUUAUUUGUAUGAAUUUCACUGAGGAGGAUGGUCCUCCCCUUCCUCUUCUGAGGAGCCUCCACUGCUCAAAUCAAAAAAGCUGGGAAGACGACCAGAGAAUCAAUUAGCCAGCGAAUUGGGCGACCUUACCGUGUGUGUGCGUGCGAGUGUGGAUGGAGCAACUCUGAAAUGCGUCUGCAUGUGUCUGUGUGACAAAUGUCCUUCUCAUUUCCUGGAACUCUCUUGUGUGUCCGCAGGGAGAAAGAGAGGAGCCUGGCCCAGGUGGGACAGUCGGUGAUCCUGCCCCAGCGCAGCGACGGUCCACGCUUCACCGGUGGAGGCUUCAGUCUUGAGCAGGCUGGCAAAAUCACUACCUAG